CUCGCUUUCCUGGCAACACAGACAUUGCCUAGCUCCAUCACCAAAUGCAAAAGCAGCCUCGGGCAGACACGCAGCCAUUUCCAAUGACAGUUUGGCUUGGAUGAGAGUAGUUUCAGUGCCCAUGUUUGGUGCAUUGCCUCUUUCAGCAGCUCACUCGUUCUUCCAUGGGGAGGCUGUGAUCGGAGGCUCUUGCAGUCCAUGGAGCUACCGCCUUCCCCAUCUGCUCCCAUAUCUUCCUCUGGUGACAUCAGACUGUGCCGCAGGCUUUGCCUUUGCCAUCUCUUGGGCUGUUUGACUCAACUGUGCACGUUCUUACGAUGCCAGGAGAAUGAUCCUCCCCUAAGCUGAAUGGAAGCCAGAAGUUAACUACAAACAAGCGCCAAAGAUUGCUUCGCAGUGUGGAGGAGAACCUGUUUCUCUGCAGCUGACCCAGAGGCUGGUUGCUAAUCAGCCUGCAGUGGGGCUCCCAAAGGGAAGAGUUCCUCGCUCACCCGGAGGAGGGAAUCACCGUGCAGGUGAAGCUUUAUUCUAGGAGUAUUUGUUUCAUCUGGUUCAUGAGCUCAAAUUAUAAAGACUCUAAAUGUUACAGAAGUGUUGAGAGAUUGCUCGGUCAUGAGCAUCGACAGUAACUCACUGGCACGUGAAUUUCUGACGGAUGUCAACCGGCUUUGCAAUGCGGUGGUCCAGAGGGUGGAGACCAGGGAGGAAGAAGAGGAGGAGACACACAUGGCUACGCUGGGCCAAUACCUCGUCCACGGCCGAGGAUUUCUGUUACUUACCAAGCUAAAUUCUAUCAUUGAUCAGGCAUUGACAUGUAGAGAAGAGCUCCUUACUCUACUUCUGUCGCUCCUUCCACUGGUAUGGAAGAUACCUGUUCAGGAAGAAAAGGCAGCAGAUUUUAAUCUACCAUUCUCAGCUGAUAUAAUCCUGACCAAAGAAAAGAACUCAAGUUCACAAAGAUCUACUCAGGAAAAAUUAUAUUUAGAAGGAAGUGCCCCAUCUGGUCAGGUUUCUGCGAAAGUAAACAUUUUUCGAAAAAGCAGACGGCAGCGUAAAACUACCCACCGCUAUUCAAUAAGAGACGCAAGAAAGACACGGCUCUCCACCUCAGACUCAGAAGCCAAUUCGGAUGACAAGAGCAUAGCAACGAAUAAGCAUCGACGGCCCCGUCUGCUACAGCAUUUUGUAACCCAGUCACCUAAAGACGACCACCUUACGGCUAAACUUGACCACUUACCAACCAAAGAACAGACUCCUCCUGACACCAUGGCUUUGGAACAUUCCAAGGAGAUUAUUCCAAGACAGGAGUCAAACAGUGACAUUUUGAGUGAGCCAGCUGCCUUGUCUAUUAUCAGUCACAUGAAUAAUUCUCCUUUUGACUUAUGUCAUGUUUUGUUAUCUUUAUUAGAGAAAGUUUGUAAGUUUGACAUGACCUUGAAUCAUAAUUCUGCUCUGGCAGCCACUGUAGUGCCCACACUGACUGAAUUUCUAGCAGGCUUUGGGGACUGCUGUAAUCUAAGCGACAACUUGGACAGUCAGAUGCUUUCCACGGGUUGGACUGAAGAACCUGUGGCUUUGGUUCAACGGAUGCUUUUUCGAACAGUGUUGCAUCUUAUGUCAGUAGAUAUUAGUACUGCAGAGACGAUGCCAGAAAACCUUAGGAAAAACUUAACAGAAUUGCUGAGAGCAGCUUUAAAAAUUAGAACUUGCCUAGAAAAGCAGCCUGACCCCUUUGCACCGAGACAAAAGAGAACACUACAGGAGGUUCGAGAAGGUUUUGCGUUUUCAAAGUAUCGUCACAGAGCCCUUCUUUUACCGGAGCUUCUGGAAGGGGUUCUGCAGAUCCUGAUCUGCUGUCUUCAAAGUGCAGCUUCCAAUCCCUUCUUCUUCAGUCAGGCCAUGGAUUUGGUUCAGGAAUUCAUUCAGCACCACGGAUUCAGUUUAUUUGAAACAGCCGUUCUUCAGAUGGAGUGGCUGGCUGCCCGGGACGGCGCUCCUGCCGAGGCCUCGGAACACCUGAAAGCCCUCGUCAACAGUGUGAUGAAAAUCAUGGGCACCGUCAAGAAGGUGAAAUCCGAGCAGCUUCAUCAUUCCCUGUGUACGAGGAGAAGGCACCGGCGCUGUGAGUACUCUCACUUUAUGCACCAUCACAGAGACCUCUCGGGCCUCCUGGUUUCGGCUUUUAAAAACCAGGUUUCCCAAAACCCGUUCGAGGAGACCGUGGAGGGAGACGUUCAUUACCCGGAGCGCUGCUGCUGCAUCGCGGUGUGCGCCCACCAGUGCCUGCGCUUGCUGCGGCAGGCGUCCUUGAGCGUCACCUGCGUCCACAUCCUGUCCGGCAUCCAGACCGUGGGGGUCUGCUGCUGCAUGGACCCCAAAUCUGUGAUCGUCCCUCUGCUCCAUGCAUUCCAACUGCCUGCGCUGAAGCACGUUCAGCAGCAUAUACUGAAUGUCCUCAACAAGCUUAUCUUGGAUCAGUUGGGAGGAGCUGACGCCCCGCAAAAAAUUAAACAAGCGGCUUGCAAUAUUUGUACCAUGGACCCUGAUCAACUCGCCAGAUUGGAAGAGACGCUGCAGGGAAACUCGUGUGAGGCCACCCCUUGCCCAGGUCUGGCCAGCCCUGCCUACAGAUUUCAAGGGAUCCUGCCCAGCAGUGGAUCUGAAGACUUGCUGUGGAAAUGGGACGCCUUAGAGGCUUAUCAGAAGUUUGUUUUUGAGGAAGACAGGUUACGUAGCGUACAGAUCGCACAUCACAUCUGCUCUCUAAUGCAGAGAGGCAAUGUGGUUGUGCGGUGGAAACUGUAUCAUUCUGUCUUUAACCCUGUGCUCCAGCGAGGCGUCCAGUUAGCACACCAUUAUCAACACAGUAGCGUCACGUCAGCUCAGAUGCACUCAUGUCCCCAUCAUGACCAGUGUUUGCCCCAGGAAGUGCUGCAGAUUUAUUUAAAAACCCUGCCUGCUCUGCUUAAGUCCAGGAUAAUAAGAGAUUUGUUUUUAAGUUGUAAUGGAGUAAAUCAACUAAUUGAAUUAAAUUACUUAGAUGGUAUUCGAAGUCAUUCCCUAAAAGCCUUUGAAACUCUGAUAAUCAGCCUAGGGGAACAACAAAAAGAUUCUUCAGUUCCAAGUGUUGAUGGGAUAGAAGUCGAACAGAAGGACUUGUCGUCUUUAAAUGUAGGUACUUCUUUUCGUAAUCAGCAAGUUUGCUCAGAUUCUCCCCAGAGUCUUAGCAAGUUUUAUGCCAGCCUCAAAGAAGCCUAUCCGAAGAAACAAAAGUCUUUUAGCCAGGAUGUUCACAUCAACAUGAUAAACCUCUUCCUCUGCGUGGCAUUCUUAUGCAUCAGUAAGGAAGCAGAAUCCGACAGAGAGUCGGCCAAUGACUCAGAAGAUACUUCUGGCUAUGACAGUACAGCCAGUGAGCCUUUACGUUGCAUGCCGCCAUGCCUAUCUCCUGAGAGCCUCGUCUUGCCUUCUCCCAAACAUAUGCACCAAGCAGCAGACAUUUGGUCCAUGUGUCGUUGGAUCUACAUGUUGAGUCCGGUUUUCCAGAAACAGUUCUACAGGCUUGGUGGUUUCCAGGCUUGCCAUAAAUUAAUAUUUAUGAUCAUACAGAAACUGUUCAGAAGUCCAGGAGAGGAGCAAGGGCAAAGGGAAGGAGACCUCCACACACAUGAAAACCAAGAUAUAAAUGGAACGUCUCCGUCUGAGAUUACCACAAGGGAAGACUUAUUAUCUUCAGCUGUCAAAAGAGACCCCACAGCGUCAGAACUGGGCGGUCCAAACAGGACUGCUGACAGUGUAGGUAAAUUAGAGUCACAGCAUCUCUCUUCUGCAAAUGGGGGACGUAUUUCAGCUACUGAGGCUGCUCCUGAGGAAGUAGAGGGACUCACGAGUCGAGAAAGUGAGACUUCCCUGCAGAGUAUCCGACUUUUGGAAGCCCUUCUUGCCAUUUGUCUUCACAGCACCAGAGCUAGUCAACAAAAAACGGAAUUAGAGUUCCCUAAUCAGAACUUGUCUGUGGAAAACAUAUUGUUUGAAAUGAGGGACCAUCUUUCCCGGUCAAAGGUGACUGAAACAGAAUUGGCAAAGCCUUUAUUUGAUGCCCUGCUUCGAGUUGCACUGGGGAAUCAUUCAGCAGAUUUUGAACACCAUGAUGCUAUGACUGAGAAGCGCCAUCCAUCUGAGGAAGAACUGUCAUCACGACCUGGUGAUUUUCCAGAAGACGCUGAGGACUCUCGGUGUUGCAGUCUCAAACUUUUGGUUGAAGAAGAAGGCUAUGAAGCAGACAGCGAGAGCAAUCCUGAGGACAGUGAAGCCCGAGACGAUGGUGUAGACUUAAAACCUGAAGCAGAAAGUUUUAGUGUGUUAAGCAGUUCAAAGGACUUGAUUGAAACCUUCACUGAAGGGGAAAUCAUAUAUCCUGAGAUUUGUAUGCUGGAAUUAAAUUUACUUUCAACUGGUAAAGCCAAACUUGAUUUACUGGCCCACGUAUUUGAGAGUUUUUUGAAAAUCAUCAGACAGAAGGAAAAGAAUAUUUUUCUACUCAUGCAACAGGGAACUGUGAAAAAUCUUUUAGGAGGGUUCUUGAGUAUUUUAACACAGGCUGAUUCUGAUUUUCAAGCAUGCCAAAGAGUAUUGGUGGAUCUUUUGGUAUCUUUGAUGAGCUCAAGAACAUGUUCAGAAGAGUUAACCCUUCUUUUGAGAAUAUUUCUGGAGAAAUCUCCUUGUACAGAAGUACUUCUUCUGGGUAUUCUGAAAAUUAUUGAAAGCGACAUUACGAUGAGUCCUUCCCAGUACCUAACCUUCCCUCUCCUGCAUACUCCAAAUUUAAGCAAUGGUGUUUCAUCACAAAAGUGCCCUGGGAUUCUAAACAGUAAGGCCCUGGGAUUAUUAAGAAGAGCGCGGAGUUCCCGGAGCAGGAAAGAGACUGAGAGCGGAAGUUUCCCCCAGCAGCUGCUCUCCUCUUGGCACAUAGCCCCAGUCCACUUGGCCUUGCUGGGGCAGAACUGCUGGCCCCACCUGUCGGAAGGCUUCAGCGUCUCACUGUGGUUUAAUGUGGAGUGUGUCCACGAAGCUGAGAGAACCAUGGAGAAAGGAAAGAAGAUCAAGAAAAGAAACAAAUCCUUAACAUUACGGGACAGUAGUUUGGAUAGAACAGAGAACAACAGACCGGAGGGUGCAGAGUACAUAAAUCUUGGUGAAAGGCUCAUAGAAGAAGGAUGUAUCCAUAUGAUUUCAUUGGGAUCCAAAGCUCUUAUGAUCCAAGUGUGGGCUGAUCCCCACAGUGGCACUUUUAUCUUUCGAAUGUGCAUGGAUUCAAAUGAUGAUACAAAAGCUGUUUUACUGGCACAGGUUGAAUCACAGGAGAAUAUUUUCAUCCCAAGCAAAUGGCAGCAUUUAGUUCUCACCUACUUGCAGCAGCCCCAAGGGAAAAAGAAUAACCAUGGGAAAAUCUCCAUAUGGAUCUCUGGGCAGAGGAAACCUGAUGUUACUUUGGAUUUUGUGCUUCCAAGAAGAACAAGUCUGUCAUCUGACAGCAAUAAGACAUUUUGCAUGAUUGGCCAUUGUUUAUCAUCCCAAGAAGAGUUUUUGCAAUUGGCUGGAAAAUGGGACCUGGGAAAUUUACUCCUCUUCAAUGGAGCUAAGAUUGAUUCACAAGAGGCCUUUUAUCUAUAUGCUUGUGGACCCAACCAUACAUCUAUAAUGCCAUGCAAAUAUGGCAAGCCUGUGAAUGACUACUCCAAAUAUAUUAAUAAAGAAAUUUUGCAAUGUGAGCAAGUCAGAGAACUUUUUAUGACCAAGAAAGAAGUGGACAUUGGUCUCUUAAUUGAAAGUCUUUCAGUUGUUUAUACCACUAACUGUCCUGCUCAGUAUACCAUCUAUGAGCCAGUUAUUAGACUUAAAGGUCAGAUGAAAACCCAACUCUCUCAAAGACCCUUCAGCUCAAAAGAAGUGCAGAGCAUUUUGUUAGAACCUCAUCAUCUAAAGAAUCUCCGGCCUACUGAAUGUAAAACUGUUCAAGGAGUUCUACACGAGAUUGGUGGAACUGGUAUAUUUGUUUUUCUCUUUGCUAGGGUUGUGGAACUCAGCAGCUGUGAAGAAACUCAAGCAUUAGCACUGAGAGUUAUACUUUCAUUAACUAAAUAUAACCAACAGAGGAUACAUGAAUUAGAAAAUUGUAAUGGACUUUCCAUGAUUCAUCAGGUGUUGAUUAAACAAAAAUGCAUUGUUGGCUUUCAUGUUUUGAAGACCCUUCUUGAAGGCUGCUGUGGUGAAGAUAUUAUUCAUGUCAAUGAGAAUGGGGAGUUUAAGUUGGAUGUGGAGUCUAAUGCUAUAAUCCAAGAUGUUAAACUGCUAGAGGAGCUAUUGCUUGACUGGAAGAUAUGGAACAAAGCGAAGCUAGGAGCUUGGGAAACGCUGCUUGCGGCUCUAGAAGUCCUCAUCAGAGCAGAUCACCACCAGCAGGUCUUUAAUAUCAAGCAGUUACUGAAAGCCCAAGUGGUCCAUCACUUUCUGCUGACUUGUCAGGUUUUGCAGGAACACAAAGAGGGGCAGCUUACCUCCAUGCCCCGAGAGGUUUGUAGAUCAUUUGUGAAAAUUAUAGCAGAAGUCCUUGGAUCUCCUCCAGAUUUGGAAUUAUUGACAAUUAUCUUCAAUUUCCUUUUAGCAGUUCACCCACCUACUAAUACUUACGUUUGUCACAACCCCACAAACUUCUACUUUUCUUUGCACAUAGAUGGCAAGAUCUUUCAGGAGAAAGUACAGUCUAUCAUGUACCUGAGACAUUCUAGCAGUGGAGGAAAGUCUGUUCCUAGCCCUGAAUUUAUGGUAAUAAGCCCAUCCGGUUUUACUGCUUCACCACCUGAAGGAAAUAAUUCAUGCAUUAUUAUUCCACAACGGAUGACCGCCAACAUGCCACGUUCUAGAAGCCUGCCAGCAUUUCCUACCAUUUCAUCUCGAACACAACCACAAAAACUAAAUGGAAGUUUGGGUCAUAGUAUCGACAAGUUACAAAAUAUUGGAGAUAAUUACGUUGCUUUGCAAGAAGAUAAACUGAAUUCUCUGGUGAGUUCCGAGACCCUGAAAAAAGGCAGAGAGGAUGCACUUGUCAGUAGCUUUGAGUCUGCAAAAGCUGCGUGUGAAAUGGAAGCUGCCCUUUCAGCCCGCGCCUCUGUCAACGGUGUCCUGAAAGGAACACUGGGAUUUCCGGGGGUCAAAGUCGAUCAUAAAGAAUUGGCAGCAGAGCCCAGAUCAGAUGAUGACAGUCCCGGAGACGAGUCCUGCCCACGCCGACCCGAUUACCUAAAGGGACUGGCCUCAUUCCAGCGAAGCCACAGCACUAUUGCAAGCCUAGGUUUAGCUUUUCCUUCCCAGAAUGGAUCUGCAGCCAUUGGACGCUGGCCAAGUCUCGUUGAUAGGAACUCCGAUGAGUGGGAGAACUUCGCCUUUUCUCUGGGUUAUGAGCCAAACUCCAGCCAAACUGCAAGGACUCACAGUGUAACAGAAGACUGUUUGGUACCGAUAUGCUGUGGAUUAUACGAGCUUUUAAGUGGGGUUCUUCUCAUCCUGCCCGAUGUUAUGCUUCAAGAUGUGAUGGACAAGCUUGUUCAGGCAGAUGCGCUUCUAGUCCUCGUUAACCACCCAUCGCCCGCUAUACAACAAGGAGUUAUUAAACUAUUAGAAGCAUAUUUUAAUAGAGCAUCUAAGGAACAAAAAGACAAAUUCCUAAAGAACCGUGGCUUUUCCUUGCUUGCCAACCAGUUAUAUCUUCACCGGGGAACACAGGAAUUGUUAGAAUCCUUCAUUGAAAUGUUCUUUGGUCGACGUAUUGGCCUUGAUGAAGAGUUUGACCUGGAAGAUGUGAAAAACAUGGACAUUUUUCAGAAGUGGUCUGUCAUUCCUAUUCUGGGACUAAUAGAGACAUCUUUAUAUGACAACAUGCUUUUGCAUAGUGCUCUCUUACUACUUCUCCAAAUAUUAAAUUCUUGUUCCAAGGUAGCGGAUAUGUUGCUGGAUAAUGGUCUGCUCUUUGUGUUAUGUAAUACAGUAGCAGCCCUGAAUGGAUUAGAAAAAAACGUUCCUUUGAAUGAGUACAGAUUGCUUGCCUGUGACAUACAGCAACUCCUCAUAGCGGUUACAAUUCAUGCGUGUAGUUCCUCGGGCUCACAGUAUUUUCGAGUUAUUGAAGACCUCAUUGUACUGCUUGGGUAUCUUCAAAAUAGCAAAAACAAGAGGACACAAAAUAUGGCUGUUGCACUACAGUUUAGAGUUCUCCAAGCUGCUAUGGAAUUUAUAAGGACGACUGCAAAUCAUGAUUCUGAAAACCUCUCAGAUACACUCCAGUCCCCCUCUGCUGCCCAUCAGGCAGUAUUUCCCAAGCGGAAGAGCAUUGCUGGUUCAAUUCCAAUGAAGGGUUCCAUUAUUCCUCACCUACCAAGACGUCAUUUUGGUUCCUAUGGUCAACUUCCGAUGCCCUUCUCCUUCAGCCCAAUAAGUCAAGACUCAUUCUCCCCGCAUCCCGGAUCCACCAGCUGUGUGGAACCCCGCGGAGCAGGUCCUCGAAAAUUUCCCCUUGCUCAGACCGACUCUCUGCUGAUGAAAAUGCGUUCGGUGGCCAGUGAUGAGCUGCAUGUGAUGAUGCAGCGGAGACUGAGCCAGGAGAACCCGGUCCAGGCGAGCGAAACAGAGCUGGCGCAGAGGCUGCAGAGGCUCACCAUUUUAGCCGUUAACAGGAUUAUUUAUCAAGAGUUUAAUCCAGAUAUUAUUGACAUUUUGAGUACUCCAGAAAAUGCAACUCAAAGCAAGAUCUCAGUUUCCCAGACUGAAACUUCUGAAGACGUCCAUCAUGAACAGCCUUCCAUUUUCAAUCCAUUUCAGAAGGAGAUACUCACAUAUCUGAUAGAAGGAUUCAAAGUAUCUAUUGGUUCAAGUAAAACCGGUGGUUCCAAGCAGCAGUGGCCUAAAAUCUUAUGGUCUUGUAAGGAAACCUUCCGAAUGCAGCUUGGCAGACUCCUAGCACACAUUUUGUCACCAGCGCACUCUUCUCAAGAGAGAAAGCAAAUUUUUGAAAUAGUUCGUGAACCAAAUCAUCAGGAAAUACUACGAGACUGUCUUAGUCCAUCCCUGCAACAUGGAGCCAAGUUAGUUUUGUAUUUGUCAGAGUUGAUACAUAAUCACCAAGAUGAAUUGACUGAGGAAGAACUAGACACAGCGGAGCUGCUUAUGAAUGCUUUAAAACUGUGUGGGCAGAAGUGCACCCCUCCCAGAGCAGCAACAAAAGCGGAGCUUAUUAAAAUGAUCAAAGAGGAACAAAAGAAAUAUGAAACUGAAGAAGCUACAAAUAAAGCCACCUGGCAGAAAACGGUUAAUAAUAAUCAACAAAGUCUCUUUCAGCGUCUGGACUCAAAAUCAAAGGAUAUAUCCAAAAUCGCUGCAGACAUCACCCAGGCAGUGUCUCUCUCCCAAGGAAUUGAGAGAAAAAAGGUGAUCCAGCAUAUCAGAGGAAUGUAUAAAGUAGAUCUGAGUGCCAGCAGACACUGGCAGGAGCUUAUUCAACAGCUGACACAUGAUAGAGCAGCCUGGUAUGACCCCCUUUACUAUCCAACUUCCUGGCAAUUGGAUCCAACAGAAGGGCCGAAUCGAGAGAGGAGACGUUUACAGAGGUGUUACUUAACCAUUCCAAAUAAGUAUCUCCUUAUGGACAGACAAAAAUCGGAAGAUGUGGUCAAACCACCACUCUCUUUCCUGUUUGAAGAUAAAACUCAUUCUUCUUUCUCUUCGACUGUAAAAGACAAAGCUGCGAGUGAGUCUAUAAGAGUGAAUCGAAGAUGUAUCAGCGUUGCACCAUCUAGAGAGACAGCUGGUGAAUUGUUAUUAGGUAAAUGUGGGAUGUACUUUGUGGAAGAUAAUGCUUCUGAUACAGUUGAAAGUUCGAGCCUUCAGGGAGAAUUGGAACCAGCGUCCUUCUCCUGGACAUAUGAAGAAAUUAAAGAAGUCCACAAGCGUUGGUGGCAGUUGAGAGACAAUGCCGUAGAGAUCUUUUUAACAAAUGGUAGAACACUCCUGUUAGCAUUUGAUAACACCAAGGUUCGUGAUGACGUGUACCACAGUAUACUAACAAAUAACCUCCCUAAUCUCCUGGAAUAUGGCAACAUCAAUGCUCUGACAAAUUUAUGGUAUACUGGACAAAUCACUAACUUUGAGUAUUUGACUCACUUAAACAAACAUGCCGGCCGAUCCUUCAAUGAUCUCAUGCAGUAUCCGGUGUUCCCGUUCAUACUCGCUGACUAUGUCAGUGAGACCCUUGACCUCAAUGAUCCUUCAGUUUACAGAAAUCUCUCUAAGCCCAUAGCCGUGCAGUAUAAAGAAAAAGAAGAUCGUUAUGUGGAUACCUACAAGUACUUGGAGGAGGAGUACCGCAAAGGGGCCCGGGAGGAUGACCCCAUGCCCCCCGUGCAGCCCUACCAUUACGGCUCCCACUACUCCAACAGCGGCACCGUGCUUCACUUCCUGGUGAGGAUGCCUCCGUUCACAAAAAUGUUUUUAGCCUACCAAGAUCAAAGUUUUGACAUUCCAGACAGAACUUUUCAUUCUACAAAUACAACUUGGCGCCUUUCAUCUUUUGAAUCCAUGACUGAUGUCAAAGAACUGAUCCCAGAGUUUUUUUAUCUUCCAGAGUUCUUAGUCAACCGUGAAGGUUUUGAUUUUGGUGUGCGUCAGAACGGUGAACGGGUUAAUCACGUCAACCUCCCUCCUUGGGCACGUAACGAUCCUCGUCUUUUUAUCCUCAUUCAUCGACAGGCUCUAGAGUCUGACUACGUGUCCCAGAACAUCUGUCAGUGGAUUGACUUGGUAUUCGGGUAUAAGCAAAAAGGGAAGGCUUCUGUUCAAGCCAUCAACGUUUUUCAUCCUGCUACGUAUUUUGGAAUGGAUGUCUCUGCAGUUGAAGAUCCCGUUCAGAGGCGAGCGCUGGAAACCAUGAUAAAAACCUACGGCCAGACCCCUCGCCAGUUGUUCCAGUCGGCGCACGCCAGCAGACCUGGAUCCAAGCUCAAUCUUGAAGGAGAGCUUCCUGCUGCUGUGGGGUUACUAGUGCAGUUUGCUUUUAGGGAAACCCGAGAACAGGUCAAAGAAAUCACCUAUCCGAGUCCUUUGUCCUGGAUAAAAGGCUUGAAGUGGGGGGAGUAUGUAGGCUCUCCAAGUGCUCCCGUACCUGUGGUCUGCUUCAGCCAGCCCCACGGAGAAAGAUUUGGUUCCCUCCAGGCUCUGCCCACCAGAGCCAUCUGUGGUUUAUCCCAAAAUUUCUGUCUUCUGAUGACGUACAGCAAAGAACAAGGUGUGAGAAGCAUGAACAGUACUGACAUUCAGUGGUCGGCCAUCCUGAGCUGGGGAUAUGCUGAUAACAUUUUAAGGCUGAAGAGUAAACAAAGCGAGCCUCCAAUAAACUUUAUACAAAGUUCACAACAAUAUCAGGUGACGAGUUGUGCCUGGGUGCCUGACAGCUGCCAGCUGUUCACCGGAAGCAAAUGCGGGGUCAUCACGGCUUAUGCUAACAGGUUUACCAGCAGCACGCCCUCAGAGAUAGAAAUGGAGUCUCAGAUACAUCUGUAUGGGCACACAGAAGAGAUAACCAGCUUAUUUGUUUGCAAACCCUACAGUAUAAUGAUAAGUGUGAGCAGAGAUGGAACCUGCAUCAUAUGGGAUUUAAACAGGUUGUGCUAUGUACAAAGCCUGGCGGGACACAAAAGCCCUGUCACGGCCGUCUCUGCCAGUGAAACUACUGGAGACAUCGCCACUGUGUGUGAUUCAGCUGGUGGAGGCAGCGACCUCAGACUCUGGACAGUGAACGGGGACCUCGUUGGACAUGUGCACUGCAGGGAGAUCAUCUGUUCCGUUGCCUUCUCUAACCAGCCCGAGGGGGUGUCUAUCAAUGUGAUUGCCGGGGGAUUAGAAAAUGGAAUUGUAAGGUUAUGGAGUACAUGGGACCUAAAGCCGGUGCGGGAAAUCACAUUUCCUAAAUCAAAUAAGCCUAUUGUAAGCCUUACGUUUUCCUGUGACGGCCACCAUCUGUACACAGCAAAUAGUGACGGGACUGUGAUCGCCUGGUGUCGGAAGGACCAACAACGCCUGAAACAGCCAAUGUUCUAUUCCUUCCUUAGCAGCUAUGCAGCUGGAUGAAUGAGAGAGAACUUCACUUCUCCAAAGCACUUUAGCUCCAAACUAGAUGUGUGGACCUCACCAGUUUUAGGAGGUUGAACUUGAAGAAAUGGAUGACCAAACACAUCAUCCAAAUAAUGAUCAUCUGCAGGACAUUCUGCGGCCUCCCAAGGUCCGGAGAGAACAGUUUUGUUCUAAUUUUGUGAUCAUCUAGAGGGUUGUGUGUGUUCUAACCAACAAGGUGUAAGUCCUACGCGAUAAAUUAAAAUUGUAUUUUUAAAGUGUUUACCCACAAGGUUAUUCUAAAGAAAGAAUUGGGGUCUCUCCUUUUUUCUAUUAUUCCAAAAAGACCAGGAGAAUUUAAAUUGGUUAGCUAGUUGUUUAUAUAAAAUACUCUAAAAAUUAUAUUUUAAAAGUUUUAUGCCGAAAUAAUCUACCUUCCCCCAUCCCCUGACACACACACACAAAAUUAAAGAAGGGGAUAAGAAGUUAGAACUUGCAAAGUGCUUUCUUUGAGAAGUAAAUUAUUCAGUAGGUGCCUCUGCACCAAACGUUUUAUGGAAGAUCUGAAUACUAAAAACAAACUACUCGUGAAUCUUAGUGUUGGCAGGUUUUUUUCUAGUUGCCUGCUUAGCUCAAAGAGGAACCAGAACUUUUUGACAGCCACAAACACACAUCUAAUUUCAGAUACAUUCUGUUUUUUCAUAAAAAAUUCUGCUUAAAAUUCAUAACACUAGAUACUGAAUACCCUAAGAUUUAAACACAAUGAUAAUUAUUUUAAUAUCUGCCAUCUAUAGAGCACUGAAUACUUAACAGUUUGCAAUAGAAAGCCUCCACUAUGGAGAAAGAUGGCGCAGAUACUAAGAGUCUAUUCUAGAUAAGACAUUAAAUCUAAUGGGCAGGGUAUGUUUUCUUCCAUAAAACAGAAUUACAAAAGAAAGGAGACAGCCUACUCUGUUUCCCACAGGAUGCUGAAUAAUUCUUGUAGGAAACUGUCUGCUCUGUUUCUACUAAUCUAUACGGCCUGAGAAUUCUGGGAACAACAGAAAGGUCUAAGUAUAUGCCACAGAGAACUUGCACACCAUGAAGACAGAAUUCCUAAAAAUCUCUACUAUAGUCUGUCUCUACCAUUACGGCUCUAUUUUGGGGUGCUGCUUAUUGGCUUUGAGAACACUGUAAAAUAAGCUCAGUAAGAUGUUACCAUGGGGUAAAAAUAUGUAUUCCUGCCUAAGAAUAACUUGCGUGUUUGUUAUGGAAAUUCACUUCAUAUGGUGUUUACAGAACUACUUUUGUAACUUCCAGACUUUCUAAAACAUUCUGCUUAAAAACUGCAUAAAACACAAUUCCAACAUCUCUGCCACUGAGAUGUGGGCAAGAGGAAGCGAGUGGCCACGGGUGCUUGUCACUGGAGCAGCAUACAUCCCUCAGAACGGCUCACGGCCCACGUUGACACCGCGGUUUGCCCAGGCCAGCUCGGAGCUCUGAGGUCCAGCUGGGUGCAGAGAUGACAUUAUUCCUAUUCACGUUGAAGUGAUUUGCUUUGUUAAAAGAAAAAAAAAAUUGCAGCUACUGUCUGGCUUUCGUUUUUUUCUACCAAGAACUUGGAACUAGUCCCCUAUUAGAAUAGGGUUGCUACUCAGUCUUCUUUGUUUUUUUAAGGCCGAAUUCCAUCAUUUAUUUAAAGAGAAAAUAUGCAAAGUAACUGGUCUUGUUAAGAGUGCAAUAUUAUAUUUUUAUGUAAAAAUAAAAAUUAAUUAGGGGGGAUUAUUUAUUCAGCAUGAAACUUAAUAUGUAUAUGUUUGAAACACUUCAUAAUGUGCAUGUUGCUGUAAACAUUUCUGUAAUAUAUCACAAGCUCUGUUAUCUUUGUAUACACUGCCACUUCAAAUUGGGAAUAAAUUUCAUAAAAAUAGA